AUGGAGCAGCAGCAACAGAAUCAGCAACAGCCUCAGCAGGGGCAGGGGCAGCAACAGCAGCAGCAGCAGCCAGUGGCCACCGGUGGUGUUCCGGGCCCAACUGGUCGCCGUCUACACAUUGCUCAUCGUCGAAGCCCAUCUGAGCUGACGCCUUUAAUGAGCAUGUUUGCGAACCCUGGGAUGGAGCAGCUUGCUAUUCAGCAACAGAUCGAGCUGUUACAGCAGCAACAGCAACAGCUACAAGCGACGCACCAACAAUACAUUAGCAUGGGUAUGAUGCCACCAGGACAGCUGGCUCCUGGCGGUUUCAACCCUAUGCAACAGGCAAUGCCCAACAUGGCGCAGCAGGGCUUCCAAUUUCCCAACCAGCUUCCACAGCAACAAACGUUGGGCGCCCCAAGCCAGCCCAUGUCACAUCGCCGUAAUCAGUCGGCACUCCCUAACAUGGGCCUGGGUCCGCCUCCAGCUCCGUCUUCGGGAGCUUCUGGGUCUACUUUUGGCCAAUUCGAGAACACCCAGCCCCAGGGCAGAGAGAACGCGCCUCGGGAGGGCGAGGUGGCGGUUCAGGAGCAAAAGCGCACGACUUCAGGAUUCUCUUUCCCCGGACCUAAUGCGGAAAACGCUCAGGCUGAGGGAUCUAGACCUGUUGCUGCCCCUGCUCAUACUGUUACUGCCGCUGCCCCCGCCGACACCCCCAUUGCCCAGGGCUCUUCAGCCUCAGCUCGAGGUGGCCGAGGUGGACAUGGCCGCAGCCAGAGCAUGGCUGUUGGUGGAGGUGGCCGAGGACACGGUCGCGGUGGUGCCUCCAUAUCCAUCAACAACGAAAGCAGCCAGCAAGGGGGCGACUUCGCCCGAGGUCGUGGUGGUCACGCAAGGACAGGCUCCCGAAACUUUGAGGGUAACUGGCGCAACCAGGCCCAGAACCAGGGGCAGGAUCAGACUGGUGGACAGCCAUCUUUCCAGCCUGGUCACCGCUCCCGCGGUUCCGUGAACGCUCAAUCGAUUUCUGGAAUGGGUAACUUCCAAUUCCCUCAACAGCCCCAGAUGGUACAAGUCCCAGGUCAGAUGCCGAUGAUGCAGAUGUACCCUGGACAGUUGAACCCCAUGCAGUUGAACCAGCUACAGGCUCUUCAGGCGGCGCAGAUGAACGGCCAGCACUUGGUUGGUCUUCAGGGAAGCCAGCACGCUCCCCAACUUGGCGGACAGCAAAACCAGCAGCAACAGCGCAAGACUCUCUUUACCCCUUACCUCCCGCAAGCAACUUUGCCUGCAUUGCUAGGUGAUGGACAGCUGGUCUCCGGUAUCUUGCGAGUCAACAAGAAGAACCGCAGUGAUGCCUACGUCUCAACGAGCGACGGUCUCCUUGAUGCCGAUAUCUUCAUUUGCGGUAGCAAGGACCGCAACCGAGCUCUGGAGGGUGAUCUCGUCGCCGUCGAGUUGCUGGAUGUUGAUGAAGUCUGGGGCCAGAAACGUGAGAAGGAAGAAAAGAAGAAGAGGAAGGAUAUCACUGACACACGCUCGGGAUCGACCGCCGGGAACAACUCUGGCAAUGCCGAUGAUGCUGGUACAGGGGAAGGUGGUAUCCGCCGACGUGGUAGCUUGCGUCAGCGGCCGACUCAGAAGAAGAACGACGAUGUUGAAGUUGAAGGCCAAAGCUUGCUGCUUGUAGAAGAGGAGGAGAUCAACGAUGAAGCCAAGCCUCUCUAUGCUGGCCACAUCGUUGCUGUUGUCGAGCGUGUGGCUGGUCAAAUGUUUUCGGGUACACUUGGUUUACUGCGGCCCAGCAGUCAAGCUACCAAAGAGAAGCAAGAGGCUGAGCGGGCCGCCAGAGAUGGUGGUCGGCCUCAGGAGAACACACGCCACCAAGACAAGCCCAAGAUUGUCUGGUUCAAGCCAACUGAUAAGCGAGUUCCUCUGAUCGCCAUUCCCACCGAACAAGCUCCCAGAGAUUUCGUUGAGAAACACCAAGAUUAUGCAGACCGUAUUUUCGUUGCCUGCAUCAAGCGUUGGCCCAUCACUUCCCUGCAUCCUUUCGGAACCCUGGUCGAGCAGCUUGGCAGAAUGGGCGACCUUAAGGUGGAAACUGAUGCUCUGCUGCGCGACAACAAUUUUGCUUCUGAUGAGUUCUCGGAGGCUGUUCUUCGAAGUGUUGGCCUUCAGGACUGGUCCAUCAGCAAGGAAGAAGAAGCCGCGAUUGCCGCGCGCCGUGAUUUCCGAAACGAGACCACCUUCACCCUUGACUUGGUUGGUACUGGAGAGCUGGGAAAUGCUGUCCACAUCAAAACUGAGUCCGAUGGAAAGCUUGAAGUCGGCAUUCAUAUUCCGGAUAUCGCACAUUUCGUCAAGGCCAACUCCCUUGUCGAUCGUGAAGCAAAGAAGCGUGGUACCGCAGUACACCUGGUAAACCGUACCUGCGCAUUGUUACCCCCACAGAUUGCUAACGAGGUCUGUACCUUAACCCCUGGUCAAGACAGACUCACCGUAAGUGUUGUAUUCCGUGUCAACCCGCAAACCGGUGCGGUAGUAGAUGGCGACACGUGGAUUGGCAGAAGUGUCAUCAAGAGCUCUGCCAAGCUCUCCCUGGAACAGAUUGACGAGGCCUUGUCCGGUCAAGCGAGCUUCAAGCACGAAACUGUGGAGGCAAAGGACAUCCAGAUCCUCAACGCUGUGGCUCAAAAAUUCAGAGAAGCACGCCUUGGCUCCGAGGACGAACCAAUCGCACCACUGAGACUUCUUCACCAGCUCGACGAUGAGAAUAUCCCUAUCAAGCAUAAUCUCUUCGAUUCCACCCCUGGCACUGAACUUGUCGAAGAGCUGCUACACAAGGUCAACACUCAUGUCGCACAGCGAUUAGCUCAGGGUCUUCCCGAAAAGGCUUUGCUCCGCCGCCAAGGCGCACCAAAUGCACGACGUCUCCAAACCAUCAUGGAGCGCAUGAGGGCGAUCGGUUACGACAUUGAUACCACCAGCAGCGGCACUGUCCAAAACAGCCUGUUCAAGAUUGACGACAAUGAUGUCCGAAAGGGUAUGGAAACCCUGCUUAUCAAGAGCAUGAACCACGCCAAGUACUUUAUUGCUGGCAAGACCAACAAGUUGUUGUGGCCUCACUACGCACUGAAUGUACCCCUCUACACUCAUUUCACCGCCCCUACUCGUCGGUACGCGGAUCUCGUUGUUCACCGGCAGCUUGAGGCUGUCCUAUCUGAGGGCCAGGUAGAGUAUAGCGAGGAUAUUGAGAAUUUGGUCAAGACUGUCGAGUCCUGCAACACUAAAAAGGAGUCGGCCCAAAAUGCUCAGGAGCAGAGUAUCCACAUUGAGUCAUGUCGAAUCAUGGACAGAAAACGCCAGGAAGUGAAUGGCGAUCUUGUCAGCGAGGGUAUCGUACUUGCCGUCUACGAAUCUGCCUUUGACGUUCUAAUUCCAGAGUGGGGCUUCGAGAAGCGUGUGCACUGUGAUCAGUUACCGUUGAAGAAGGCCGAGUUCAGGAAAGAGAAGCGGGUGCUCGAACUCUACUGGGAGAAGGGCGUCCCCAGUUCUGCUUACGUACCCGAGGAUGAGCGGCCCAAAGCUCACCAGUCGCAGAGAGUUUCCAACGCCAUGGCGGCCGCAAGACAAGCUGAGGAGGCGGAUAGAGCAAGGAAGGAGCGCGAAGAGGCUGCUCGCAAGCAGACCGAGACUGGCACUAUCUCUACGGACGAUGUCGAUGCUCUGUUCGACGACGACGACGAUAAUGUGUCGGAUGUCACAGAGUCCAUGGCCGGCGCAUCGCUUGCCGAAAGGCCCACACAGAGUGUCCCUGGCUCGCCGACUCGAUCAACCUCCACUGCCGGGAUCCUUCACCGCACUAGGUCUGACUCCAAGGUUCCUAUGACCGAGGCUGCUGAGACACGUCUGACCAACAAGGAGAAAUACCUCAAGCUUUUCAAGCUGAGAGAGGAAGGAGGCGAGUACAUUCAGGACGUCACCGAGAUGACGAGAGUUCCUAUCAUUCUCAAAACCGACCUCUCGAAGAGCCCACCCUGCUUGACUAUUCGGUCACUCAACCCGUACGCACUUUGA